AUGCUCAAACUCCUCAGUGCAACUCCAUCGGCAAGUAAUUGGGAAGAACACAAGUCGCACACACGUCUGAGGAUGCACAACACUGAAGCCGGGGUAUCAACUGAUUCGAAGUCUUCUACCAAGAAGCCAUAUGCCGGGAAAGUUCGCAUAGUCCUUGAAGAGAAAGACACCCCCUUCGAAUCAAUCACCGAAGUUCCAUGGGACAGCACAACCUCCAUACCUCAAUACAGCCCCAUUGAGAAACACACAGUGCUCAUCCUAGAACCUGGCGCCUCGUGGAGGACCCCAAUGCUCUCUCAAGAUAUACACGAGAGGCUCUUCGCAAAGAAGGUGGAGGUCGUUGCAGAUGGGAUGUGUGAUGCUCUUGUUUACUAUUCUUUGAGAAGCAGAGAGCAGAAGCGGCGCAGAGCGCAGAGUGCAAGGCACGGCAGAUUUCCGGAGUAUCCUUGGGGAACAAGAUAUCCGGAUCUGAAAAGAUACUUGAAUAAGCUGGGAGAGAGACAGUCAUUCAAGGACACGAUGCCGGCUGGGCAGAAGAUUAAGGAUAAUGUUUGAAAGGGUCGGCACUAUUGAAGGGCCAAGAUUUGGUUGAAGUCAAUCUGCUAGCGGUC